GCCCCGCGAAAGAAAGCGAUCUACACCCCGCAAAGAGCGCAACCCAGUCCCACAGGCCGUCCGCGGUCUCGAAGACGAACCGCCCGUCGAAGCGCACCUGCUCUAACUGGGCCCAGGUCCCCAUCUGCUUCUCGCGCGGGAUGGCCGAGAACUGCGGGUGCUGGAAUUUGAGCGAGCGCAGGCUCGGGAGGCGCCGUUGCAUGUCCUCGGACAGGAGAUCUGCCAAGCCCGCUGUGACCGACAGUCUGUGGAUCGCGACGAGGCUUUGCACAAGUAUCGCCGCACGCGGACUGGCGCGCACAAGCGCACAAAAGCGCACUGCGUGGUCGUCGCCGCGUAGAACGAUGUGUUUGAAGAGUCCGAAGAAAAGCCGCGAGGUGUAGUCAUGCCAGCUUGAGCAGACGAGACGGAGGGGGAGGUGACAGGGUCUGAUCCCAGCCGUGCGCAGCCAUCGCAAACGAAGAUUGGGUUCAGGGUA